AUGAUGUUAAAUCCCAAGAAAUGUGUCUUUGGGGUCACCUCGGGAAAAUUUUUGGGUUACCUCGUCUCAAGUCGAGGCAUUGAAGCUAAUCCAGAUAAAGUGAGAGCGAUCCAGGAAAUGUCUCCACCUCGGUCCAUCCGUGAGAUGCAGAUGCUCACAAGGCGGUUGGCAACCCUGAACCGGUUCCUGUCGCUAAUACCUUCACCACCUCCCAACGCUUACCUCGCCUCGGCCAGGGGACAAGCUGUUUUGUACCUGUCUGCCGCGGCCGAAGCAGUAAGCGCAGUGCUGAUAAGGGAGGAGGGUGUACAAAUACCAGUCUAUUAUGUCAGCCGAGUCCUCCGGGGUCCAGAAACCAGGCAAGUCUUAUCACGGCCGGAGGCUUCCGGACACCUUACUAAAUGGGCCAUUGAGUUGGGAGAGUACGACCUGUCUUACGAACCUCGGACGGCUAUCAAAGCUCAAGCCCUGGCGGAUUUUUUGGCCGAACUCACGUUCGAUGAGAUGAAUAAGUCAACCCCGGCCACCGCUGAGCCUCAGCAGUGGAUUCUGCAUGUGGAUGGCUCGUCUAACAGUGAGGAUAGUGGAGCAGGUUUGCUCCUCGAAGACCCUCAGGGAGAGGUGUGCUCAUAUGCCUUAAGGUUUGACUUCGCUGCUUCUAACAACGAAGCCGAAUACGAGGCAGUCAUUGCCGGACUCCAGCUAGCCCGCAAACUCGGCGCUGGGCACAUCUUGAUUUACAGUGACUCCCAACUCGUCGUGUGCCAGAUAUUGGGUGAAUAUGAGGCCAGAGAAGAGGUCAUGCAUCGCUACCAUGCCAAGGUCCACCAGUUGAUCGCACACUUCGAGUCUUUCGAAAUCCAAAGGAUACCACGGUCACAGAACAAACGAGCUGACGCCCUCUCUCGGCUCGCCUCCACCUCGUUCUCUGACUUGAACAAGUCGGUACUCGUGGAAGUCUUAGCCGAGCCGAGAUACUUAGAAGAAGUCGUGUGCCCCGUUUACCCCGGUGACACCUGGAUGGGCCUCUUAAUCCGAUUUCUCAGUCGGGGGGAGCUCCCUGAUGACCGAGCUGAAUCGAGAAAGUUUCAGCGUAAAGCAGCUCGGUACGCUCUCUGA